GGGAGGGAGGGGGGAUUGAUCUUAGAUCGCGAAGAUGGCUGCUGGCUGCCUGCUGGCCUUGACUCUGACACUUUUCCAAUCUUUGCUGAUCGGUCCCUCGUCCGAGGAGCCGUUCCCUUCGGCCGUCACUAUCAAGUCAUGGGUUGAUAAGAUGCAGGAAGACCUUGUCACACUGGCAAAAACAGCAAGUGGAGUCAAUCAGCUUGUUGAUAUUUAUGAGAAAUACCAGGAUUUGUAUACUGUGGAACCAAAUAAUGCACGCCAGCUGGUGGAAAUUGCAGCCAGGGAUAUUGAGAAACUUCUAAGCAACAGAUCUAAAGCCCUGGUGCGCCUGGCUUUGGAAGCAGAGAAAGUUCAAGCAGCCCAUCAGUGGAGGGAAGAUUUUGCAAGCAAUGAAGUUGUCUACUACAAUGCCAAGGAUGAUCUUGAUCCUGAAAAAAAUGAUAGUGAGCCAGGCAGCCAGAGGAUUAAACCUGUUUUUAUCGAUGAUGCUAAUUUUGGACGACAAAUAUCCUAUCAGCAUGCAGCAGUCCAUAUUCCCACUGACAUCUAUGAGGGCUCAACUAUAGUGUUAAAUGAACUCAACUGGACAAGUGCCUUAGAUGAAGUUUUCAAAAAAAAUCGGGAGGAAGACCCUUCAUUGCUGUGGCAGGUGUUUGGCAGUGCUACAGGCCUGGCCCGAUAUUAUCCAGCUUCCCCAUGGGUUGAUAAUAGUAGAACUCCAAAUAAGAUUGAUCUUUACGAUGUACGCCGAAGACCAUGGUAUAUCCAAGGAGCUGCAUCUCCUAAGGACAUGCUUAUUCUGGUUGAUGUGAGUGGAAGUGUCAGUGGAUUGACUCUUAAACUAAUCCGAACGUCUGUCUCCGAAAUGUUGGAAACUCUCUCAGAUGAUGAUUUUGUGAAUGUAGCUUCAUUCAACAGCAAUGCUCAGGAUGUAAGCUGUUUUCAGCACCUUGUUCAAGCAAAUGUAAGAAAUAAGAAAGUGUUGAAAGAUGCAGUGAAUAACAUCACAGCAAAAGGAAUAACCGAUUAUAAGAAAGGCUUUAGUUUUGCUUUUGAACAACUGCUUAAUUAUAAUGUUUCCAGAGCCAACUGCAAUAAGAUUAUCAUGUUGUUCACGGAUGGAGGAGAAGAGAGAGCCCAGGAGAUAUUUGCCAAAUACAAUAAAGAUAAAAAAGUACGAGUGUUCACAUUUUCAGUUGGUCAACAUAAUUAUGACAGAGGACCAAUUCAGUGGAUGGCUUGUGAAAAUAAAGGUUAUUAUUAUGAAAUUCCUUCAAUUGGAGCAAUAAGAAUUAAUACUCAGGAAUAUCUGGAUGUUCUGGGGAGACCUAUGGUUUUAGCAGGAGACAAAGCGAAGCAAGUCCAAUGGACAAAUGUUUACUUGGAUGCACUGGAACUGGGACUUGUCAUUACUGGAACUCUUCCGGUCUUCAACAUAACUGGCCAAUUUGAAAAUAAGACAAACUUAAAGAACCAACUGAUUCUUGGUGUGAUGGGCGUUGAUGUGUCUUUGGAAGAUAUUAAAAGGCUAACACCACGUUUCACACUCUGCCCCAAUGGCUAUUAUUUUGCAAUUGAUCCUAAUGGUUAUGUUUUGUUACAUCCAAAUCUUCAGCCAAAGCCUAUUGGUGUAGGCAUACCAACAGUUAAUUUAAGAAAAAGGAGACCCAAUGUUCAGAACCCCAAAUCUCAGGAGCCAGUCACAUUGGAUUUCCUUGAUGCAGAGUUAGAGAAUGAUAUUAAAGUAGAGAUUCGAAAUAAAAUGAUAGAUGGAGAAAGUGGAGAAAAAACCUUCAGAACUCUGGUUAAAUCUCAAGAUGAGAGAUAUAUUGAUAAAGGAAACAGGACAUACACAUGGACACCUGUCAAUGGCACAGAUUACAGUUUGGCCUUGGUAUUACCAACCUACAGUUUUUACUAUAUAAAAGCCAAAAUAGAAGAGACAAUAACUCAGGCCAGAUAUUCCGAAACCCUGAAGCCAGAUAACUUUGAAGAAUCUGGCUAUACAUUCAUAGCACCAAGAGAUUAUUGCAAUGACCUUAAACCAUCUGAUAACAACACUGAAUUUCUUUUAAAUUUCAAUGAGUUUAUUGAUCGAAAAACUCCAAACAACCCAUCAUGUAAUACAGAUUUGAUUAAUAGAGUCUUACUGGAUGCAGGCUUUACAAAUGAACUUGUCCAAAAUUACUGGAGCAAGCAGAAAAAUAUCAAGGGAGUGAAGGCUCGGUUUGUUGUGACUGAUGGUGGGAUUACCAGAGUUUAUCCCAAAGAGGCUGGAGAAAAUUGGCAAGAAAACCCGGAGACAUAUGAAGACAGCUUCUACAAAAGGAGCCUUGAUAAUGAUAACUAUGUUUUCACUGCUCCCUACUUUAACAAAAGUGGACCAGGUGCAUAUGAAUCAGGCAUUAUGGUAAGCAAAGCUGUGGAAAUCUCUAUCCAAGGAAAACUUCUUAAACCUGCGGUUGUUGGAAUCAAAAUUGAUGUAAAUUCUUGGAUAGAGAAUUUCACCAAAACCUCAAUCAGGGAUCCGUGUGCUGGUCCAGUUUGUGACUGCAAAAGAAACAGUGAUGUAAUGGAUUGUGUGAUUCUAGAUGAUGGUGGGUUUCUUUUGAUGGCAAAUCAUGAUGAAUAUACUAACCAGAUUGGACGAUUUUUUGGAGAGAUUGAUCCAAGUUUGAUGAGACACCUGGUUAAUAUAUCAGUUUAUGCUUUUAACAAAUCUUACGAUUAUCAGUCAGUAUGUGAGCCCGGUGCUGCACCAAAGCAGGGAGCAGGACAUCGCUCCGCAUAUGUGCCAUCAAUAGCAGACAUAUUACAAAUUGGCUGGUGGGCCACUGCUGCUGCCUGGUCUAUUCUCCAGCAGUUUCUCUUGAGUUUGACUUUCCCACGGCUCCUGGAGGCAGUUGAGAUGGAGGAUGACGACUUUACCACCUCCCUAUCAAAGCAGAGCUGCAUAACAGAACAAACCCAGUAUUUCUUUGAUAAUGACAGUAAAUCAUUCAGUGGUGUAUUGGACUGUGGAAACUGUUCCAGAAUCUUUCAUGUAGAAAAGCUUAUGAACACCAACUUAAUAUUCAUAAUGGUGGAGAGCAAAGGCACAUGUCCUUGUGACACACGGCUGCUUAUACAAGCUGAGCAGACUUCGGAUGGUCCAGACCCCUGUGAUAUGGUUAAACGACCCAGAUACCGGAAAGGGCCUGAGGUCUGCUUCGAUGACAAUGUUCUGGAGGACUAUACCGACUGUGGAGGAGUUUCUGGAUUAAAUCCCUCCCUGUGGUCUAUAUUUGGACUCCAGUUCCUACUACUUUGGCUGGUAUCUGGCAGCAGACACUACCUAUUGUGACCUAAAACCAAAAUCGUCAUAAGUCCAGUCCAGACCCUGCCAACACAUGAGCCCUCAAUUACAUUAAAAUAGGGUCAACUGUCCAAUCAGCAGAACAUUAGCUGGGCCUGUACCAUGCGUAACUCUAAGGCACAGAUUCAUAAGACACCCACUGGCUGCAUGUCAGGGUGUCAGACUCUUAAAUUUGUGUGAAUGCUGCAUCAUCUAUGUAUAACAUCAAAGCAAAAUUCUAUAUGUGCUCUAUUGGACAAUUUGGGAGUCUGUUGUUGCUUUGUUGGUGAUUACAUGUAAAAGGGCUCCCCAUGCAAUUGUUUAUGAAUCAUAAGAAAUGUCUUGAUUUUGACCUGGAAUUUCAACUUGCUGCAAUUUUACCAA